AUGGCCCCAAAAACUGCCCUGAAGAGUAUACGAGCCCUGUUGGAUACUGGAGACUUUUCACAAGCUGCUGCAAAGGCAAAAGAGAUCUGUGAACAAGAGCCACGGAAUUAUCACUCCCAUCUCUUCCUAGGCCUCGCUCUUGAUAAGCUAAAUAAUGCCGAUGCGUCCGAGCGUGCAUACAUCGAUGCUAUCAAAAUCAAAGAUGACGAUAAAACAGCCUGGCAAGGCUUGAUAAACUUGUACGGGCGACUUGGAAGCAGCAAAGUAGAUGAGUAUGCAACAGCCGUUAAAGGCCUAUGUCACAUAUUUGAAGUAGCUGACGACAAUGUUCACGCUCACGCAGCAGUCGAUAAAUAUAUUCGUUUUACUAAGAGCAAUGGUACCCGCUCUCAAUAUAAGAAUGCUUUGUCGCUCUUGUUACCUUCUAGUCCACUAUUUAAAAUGCUGGAAGGCUUGAUACCACAUCCCUCCCUUACGUAUCUUGAAGUUAUUGAAAUCUGCGAAGCAGAAGAGAAGGAGUUCAUCAACCGUGAAAUUGGUGACAGGAGAACGAGACUGGGCGCAAGAAUCGACCAGGUGACUACGGAAGUUAAACUCGAGGCGGCUAAACGAAGCUGUCUUGAGGAACUGUACCGUGGUAUUAUUGAUUGGACUUAUGAUGAUGAAGUACGGCGACGCUAUGAAGAGAAGCUGCUACAACGAGGGUAUGAUCAUCUUCUCAAUCUUCCAAGCUCCAGGAAAGCCGAACAACGAAAUUAUGUCUUGAAAUCUGCCAAUGACAUGGUCAUCAUUCACCACCCCUUUGAACUCGCUUGGAAAGUAGUGCUAGAAUGGCAGGAUGUGGAUGAAAUAUCGGAAAUGGAUGUUGCCUUAUUACGGGAAUACAUCAAUUUAUUCCCAGACGUUGGCUUGAGCAAAGUAUUAAAGGGGUUUCUGGCGAGCGAAUUCUCCCCAUUCCCUGAUGAAGAGCUUGACUCAAAAGACCAGAAUAAUGAGUCUUCACAUUCAGAGUCUAUUGGUAUCGAAAACCAAAUUGCAGGAGAAGAUCACAUAUUGUUGAUGGCUGAAGGACUUUCAAAAUCUUCCGAUUCCAUAUUAUCUCAUAGAUUAAUGGGGGAAGUGUAUCUCGCUCUUGAGGAGUUUCAAACGUCUGCAGAUGUUAGUCGCAAAGGAUUGCUGGUAGUGUUGGAACUUCAAAAACGAACGGGUUUAAACCUUCGGAACGUUACCGAUUCCGUCAAUACCAUCCUUGCAACAUCGCUCAUCACAUACCAGUCACCGAAAAAUCACCCUGAAGCUAAACAAAUAUUCGAGCAUAUACUGGAGCGAGAUCGAAAGUCAACAAAAUGCCUUCUGGGGCUUGGUUUGAUCUAUGAGGAAGACGAAGAUUAUCAAGAAGCGGCUGUACUUCUUGAAAGUGCGUUACAGCGAAAUCCCAAUAACGCAAAAGUUCGAUCCGAGCUUUUUUGGUGUAAGGCACGAAGUGGAGAUCUCCAAAUAGCAAAGGAUGGCCUGGAAGAUACGCUUGCUCUGAUUGAAUCCCCGGGUUCAUCUUGGCGAGAUUUAAAAUCCACAAUACUGUAUCGGAUUGGACAAUGCCUAUGGGAGUUAGACUCAUCUCCAGCCGCGAGAAAGGACCGUAAUCGAGCCUACGCUUGCUUUUUGCAGUCGAUACAAUCUAAUAUGAAUUAUGCACCAGCGUAUACCAGCCUUGGGAUUUUUUAUGCAGACUAUAAAAAAGACAAAAAGCGGGCAAGACGCUGCUUCCAUAAAGCAAUUGAACUAUCAUCGUCCGAGAUUGAAGCCGCCGAGCGCCUAGCUCGAGAUUUUGCUAACCAGGGGGAUUGGGAUCUUGUGGAAGCAAUAUCUCAGAGAGUCGUGGAUUCUGGAAAGGCCAAACCCGCACCCGGCUCGAAGAGAAAAGGAAAAAGUUGGCCUUAUGCUGCUCUUGGAGUAGCUGAGAUCAACAAACAACAAUAUGUCAAAAGUAUAAUUUCAUUUCAAACGGCUCUUCGUAUCUCACCCCACGAUUACCAUAGCUGGGUUGGGCUUGGGGAAAGCUACCAUAAUUCAGGUCGACAUAUUUCGGCAAUCAAGGCCUUUCAACAUGCACAGGCGCUGGAAGACAUGCUGUCAGACUCUGAUAAGGAACACACAUGGUUUGCCAGGUACAUGACGGCAAAUGUGCUACGUGAACUUGGAGAGUUUCCAGAAGCUAUUUCUAUUUAUAAAGAGGUCUUGGAUAUGAGACCUGACGAAUUUGGGGUCUCCAUAGCCUUGUUGCAAACGCUAACGGAAAAUUCAUGGAAGGCGCUCGAAUCUGGCACCUUUGGUGAAGCUGCAGAGCUAGCAGCGGCCGCGAUUGAGACAGGAAUUCUGGUAGCCAAGCACCACCUAACCUCGAUAAAUUUAUGGAAGGCAAUCGGUGAUGCAUUUUCUAUUUUCUCUUGGGUCAAGAGUAAAUCAGAUCUCAUACCAAUCUCACAAUUUAGGCUUUUCUUAGAAGAGCAGUGCGACGUGGAGGUUUUCCAAAUACUCUCUGAUCUUGACAUGAUAGGUUCCGAUAUUGAACACACCUUCGCGCUACUUGAUAAUGAAACAGGCUCCAGCGUGUCGGUUAUGGCGGCAAUACUGGCAUACAAGCGCGCAUUAUCGGUGUCUAAUGCUGAUGUCCAUGCCCGAGCUGUAGCAUGGUACAAUUUAGGCUGGGCAGAAUACCAAGCACAUGUCUAUCACCGUAACGAAUCUAGUGAAACGAAGACUAAACAAAUGGGAUUUCUCAAAGCCUCUAUGUGCUGUUUCAAGAGAGCUAUUGAACUAGAAGCUGGGAAUUCCGACUUUUGGAAUGCGCUCGGCGUUGUCUGUACCUCUUUAAACCCGAAGGUUGCCCAGCAUUCUCUCGUCAGGAGUUUGCAUAUAAAUGACAAGAGUGCCUCAGUCUGGACAAAUUUAGGAGCCUUACAUCUUCUGCAUAAUGAUUUUCAAUUGGCAAAUGAGUCGUUCACUAAAGCACAGUCAGCUGAUCCAGACUUCUCCCAUGCUUGGUUAGGACAGGCUCUCAUUGCGUAUCUAAUCGGAGAAUUAGGAGAGGCUCGAGAGCUAGUCACACAUGCAUUUACUCUAGGGAAUGCCAGCCUGGUCUUGCCAAAGCGCCAGUAUGCAGUUUCUGUCUUUGACCACUUGAGCUCCGGUUCAACGUCUGAGGAUUUAUCUCAUCUUAUCCAGUCGCUUUUUGCGCUACAUCAGCUUCACGCCCAAGAACCAUCAAAUUAUCCUGUUGAGCAUCUGUCUGCCCUCAUGGCAGAGCGACUAGGGGAUGUUGUUGGUUCAAUAUCUAGCCUUCACAUCGUUUGCUCUAAAGUGGAAACAGAAUAUGAAGCCACGAAGUCAGUUUCUGCUCUCUUUAGGUAUUCACAGGCCAAAUCAGACAUGGCUCGAGCGCAGCUAGCCAAUUUGGAGUAUGACGGUGCGGCAGAGUGUGCUGAGGCGGCGCUGAAUUUAUCCAUCGAAAAUGGGGUUUUCGAGUAUGACAGCAAUGCAUAUCAUAAACUGCGCUUGUCAGCACACCUAACCGCAGGACUGGCAUAUUAUUACUUAAAAGAAAUGGAGAAAGCCAUUGACAUGUUUCGCGAAGCGCUGCAAGAGGCGAAUAGUUCUCCAGACAUUAUAUGUUUACUUGCACAAGUCUUAUGGGCUAAGGGAGGCGAAGAGGAACGGGAUGUGGCUCGUGAACAGUUGUUUGACUGCGUCGAACAGCAUCCUAACCAUAUCAAAGCAGUCACCCUCCUUGGAGUCAUCGCAUUGCUCGAUGCAGACACGGAUGCAAUAGACGCCGUAGAAUCUGACUUGCGUAACAUGAGGACUGAGAGCAAGAUCAGCAUUCAAAACCGUGCUAAUAUCUCAAAACUUUUGGCUGCUAUUUCGAGUGUUGGUUCCUCGCGAGAGCUAGAACUUCCAGAGGAGGAUAUGCACAUUCAACAGGCUUGUAAUUCGGUUAUGGUAUCGCCAGGCGAACCACAAGGCUGGAAGUCACUCGCUGUAGCAUCUUCGGAGGCAUUUCCAGCGGCAAUGGCUGUGCGUACGGCUCUUGGAAACAUUCCUCCGCAUGGGUUACUUGGUGCAGACGACGUGUCAAGAGCAUAUUCUCUCAAAGGAACACGGCAAGAUGCUGUGAAGGCUAUCAUGGUAGCGCCUUGGAUAGUGGAUGGCUGGGAGGAAUUGCGCCAAUGCCUUGCCAAAACGUAG